AUGUCCCUCCUCUCCUCGCGUGGGGUCACGCCGCCUGCACCAGCUUUUUCGGCAGCGGCCAAGGAUGCGCCACAGGCCCCGCGUAACUUUCGUCGCGCCGCCGUGCUGACAUACCGCACGGCGCCGCACCCGAACGACUCGAUUGAAGGCAUCUUCGAGGCGCUCCUCAUGCUGGCAGCGGAUCAAUUGGACCCAAAUGGUGAGGUGCGAGAGAGCAGCAGGAGCAGCGCGUCUCGCGCCGAGAAGAGGGGCUGGCUCGGGCGCGCGUGGAGACACGUGGUGAACUACGCCUCCAGCGACCUGUGGCAGAUGCACCAGGCCGACUUCCUCAAGGCCUUCUCUCGCCAGCUCGAGCUGAACCCGGCGGAGGAGUCGAGCACGGUGAUGGUAAGCUGUCAGUGCUUCAUGGUCAGCGGCGGCAAGCUGCAUUUCGGCUCUCUUUUUGCCACAAACUGUGGCUUGUACUUUUGUUCUUGCACACCAGAGACAGCGCUAGCGGCUGCCACAGCCGCGGAAUACGAUGCUAGCUCGAACACCACCGCAGACAGUGGAGAUGCCGAGGAUGAGAUCGAAUACAUAAAAGAGCGUAUUCUCUUCACAGACGUGGCAUCCCUUCUGCCCUCCAUCUCCCUGGAGCAGCAUGGAACAGUCACGCCCUUCAUACAGGGUAUCCCCAGUGGUGUUGUGGCCCCGACGGCCCUGCAGGUGUUCACGGUGCAGCUCAGCACGGUGUUGCAGUUUGUAGACCUUCACAAGGUUGCCGUGAAGCAGCCAAAGAAGUUUGCCGCGGAGGCCAAGAGGUUCAGCGACGACACAGUACAAGACGCGCCCUGCACGGAUGUCGUGCAAAAGUGCGAAUACAAUCUUGUCUGCAAGUUACCACCCAACCUUGAGACGCUCAAAUUUUGUGCGCUGUUGUGGCGCUUGUGGACUCAGCGCCUCCACGAACUUGGUCGCCCACUUGAGAACCCCGCCGCCCACUACGCAGAGCCGCACUAA